AAAUGAGGAUGGAAAUUCUGACUAGGUAUUUUUUAGAAUUUUUUUAGGUUUAAUUUCAUGAUUUUUUACCAUUUUUUUUUUGAGAAAAAUCGUCUCAAGGAAACUCGAUGAUCUGACAGGCAAAAAAACUGACAACAAAAAGAGGAAACAGGACCGUUUUUUUCUAAUAGAGAGGGGAUGAGUCAUGGGAGUAUUACGAUUCGUUCGUGCAGGUGCCAUCAACAGUGUUUCAUAACUCCGUCUGAAAGAUCUGGCCUGUGAGGAGUUAAAAUUUUGUGGAGGUUUUACCAAAAAAUAUUGCUGAUGCUGCGUAGUAAUUGAAGGAGCAGGAAAUUCUGAGUUUUCAGAACGUCUGAGGGCGGAGAAGGAAUCGAUGGAAAGGGAUAGACAGAUUAAUGAUGUUCCCUCAGGCAAUAUCAACCAAGUGCAAUCGUCAUCGUCAGCUACAAUGUCGAGUCCUAUUGUACGGAGGCCACAGAGACUUGGUGACAUGGGCACGCCAACACGACCAAGGAGACAGUUGGAUCUGCCAGUAUCGCAGAUGUUGCCGCCAAAGUCACACGACAGCGAGGUAGAAUCUAAACUGCAGGAGAUCAUGAAGAUGAAUGGCAUUCUGAAUAUAAAUGGCACGAAGUAUCAGACGGAAAUGAAGGACUUGGAGCAUCUGGGUGAACUUGGCAAUGGCACGUGUGGUCAUGUUGUCAAGAUGAGACACAAACCCAGUGGCGUUGUCAUUGCUGUCAAACAGAUGAGACGGUCUGGCAAUGCUGAGGAGAACAAGAGGAUAAUCAUGGAUCUCGAUGUUGUACUCAAGUCACACGAUUGUCCGUACAUUGUACAGUGCCUAGGCUGUUUUAUUACUGAGUCUGAUGUUUGGAUUUGCAUGGAACUCAUGGCGACGUGCUUGGAUAAACUGCUGAAGAGGCUGAGGCAAGCUAUACCGGAGGAUUUUUUAGGAAAAGUUACUGUAGCUACUGUGAAGGCACUCUCGUACCUGAAGGAGAAACAUGGAGUUAUUCAUAGGGAUGUUAAACCUAGUAAUAUUCUUCUUGAUGAGAUGGGGGGAGUCAAAUUGUGCGAUUUCGGCAUUUCUGGGAGGCUCGUCGACAGCAAGGCGAAGACUAGGAGUGCUGGGUGUGCUGCGUAUAUGGCGCCCGAAAGGAUAGACCCACCAGACCCAACGAAACCAGAUUAUGAUAUAAGAGCAGACGUGUGGAGCUUGGGUAUAACUCUCGUGGAAUUGGCGACUGGAGUUUUUCCCUAUCGAGACUGCAAGACUGAUUUUGAGGUUUUAAGCAGGGUAGUACAAGAUGAUCCACCUGUCUUACCUCCGGACGCUCACUUUUCGAAGGAAUUUCGAGCAUUCGUUAACUCGUGUCUAACGAAAAAUUACAAACAUCGGCCUAAGUAUCCCAAACUCAUAGAGCACCCAUUCAUCAAGAAAUAUGAUACUCAUCCAGGGGAGAAUGCCAAUGGCUCCUUAUCGAUGUCUGGUUGCCAGUGGUUCGACAGAGUCAUGCGACAGCUCGAGCCAAGUUUCAGAUCAACUGGAAGUGAGCCACAGCGUGCGGGCCAUGUGUCGUUGAAGACAACAGCCCACAUGAGGAAUCAAUCAGAGACAGCAGGAUCAUUGAAAGCCAAGAUAACCAAAGAGCCAGUCAUUUCAACAGUAACGUACAAUCAACGAGCCACUGACAAUGGCACUUAUGUUCCAUACAGUCCUUAUGCACUUAGACGUAGGGAAAUGAUAACGAGGCCUUUUUCACCACCAAUCAGUGGUGAACACGAGAGAUCUUUCUCACCUUAUCGACAGAUCGAGCAGAAUCGUUGCUCAAAUGGACAGAGUUUGUCGGAGUCGAGACCUUAUUCGCCUUAUUUUGGACGGUAUGAGGAGGGAAAUGAUCGGUGGGGGAGUGCCCCUAGAUCGUUGAGCCCAUUCACGAGGGAUUAUUCACCGUGGAGACGGGAGAAUGUCGAUCCACCUGGGGUUGUACAGCCUUUGGAGACGGGGAGGUAUUCACCGUUUGUACAAUCGAGACAGUAUCAUCCGCCACCUCAGACACAUCCACCUGCACAUGAAAUUUAUGCUAGUCCUAUGAUUAGUCGGAAGAGGUUUCCCUCGGAGCCUCCGCCGCCUGGCUCCCACGGGAACACGAGUCCCCAACUAUUUAUUUCUCGUUUCUCAAAUCACACGAAACAAGAAAAUAAUACAACAGUUGCCUCGCAAACAACACCACCGCCCUCUAAGGAAUCGGCGAAAAAGAGAUUUGCAUCGUAUGUCAGGUUGAGACUGGGGGGAGAUCGUUCAGCGUCACCAGAGCCACCACCCAGACUCAGUCGUGGGGAAUCACCUCUUGCUGUGCGAAGAAAUUUGCCUGAACAGGCUUCACCUUCAUUCUCAAGAAGGUACAUUUCUCCCUCACCGCCCCAGCCACCGCCUCGUCGUCUCUCAGAAAGUAUUUCAGUGCCAGGGAGUCCCCAGUACCUUCGUGCUCGACUUCUCUACACCCCCGAGCCCCAAAGAAAGCUACCGCCCCCAUAACCCACCGUUAUCAUCACCAAUCAACAAUCAAUUUUGGUGCCAUGCUUUACCAACGCUCCUGAGACUCUAGGUAAAUACACGGAUUACGAUAAUGAAGAUCCAAAGAUGAGCUUCACAUGUGGCGCACUACUCUGCAGUGCAAAACCAAAAAAACGUAGCACAAAAAACGAUCAGUGGUUCACUUGGAGGACCGUUCGUGAUAGUAGAAAUUUUUUGCACGUGUAGGUUAAACGAAUUGUGAGAGCUAGUGGGGAGAUUGAUGAGGUGAGAAUUCAGCGGUGAAGGGGAAAAUGAGGAAUUCGGGGAGAAAAUGUCAUGAAAGUUCCGGCAAAAAACAGCUCUUGACAUUUUUCUCGGAGACUUCCUAUUCUCGAGGUAAUUAGCGUAAUUAACAAGAUUUAAAAUAGCGAAUUCCUAGAAGAAUUCGAUUUGACAUUUUUGUUAAUACAAAUUUUGUAUGGAAACAUUUAUGAGCUUUAAGAGAAAUCUGGUGAUUUUCUCUUGAAUUAUCGAGACAAUCUUGCAAUUAAGAAGUGGAAAAUCAGCUCAUUAAUAUUUUUGUUCACUAUAAAAUAUUUCUGUAGCUAAUGAAAUUCCCAAAAAAUAUAUCUUCACAUUUUCCGCUGAGACUUCUUAUUCUCGAGAUAAUCAGCGUAAUUAACAAGAUUUAAAAUAUCAAUUUCUUUGAAGAAUUAAAUUUGACACUUUUUCUAGUAAAUUUAAAUGAAGUCUGAAGUGUCGGAAAAUUUUUGUAUUGAAAAUGUCAUGAGCUCCAAGAAGAAUGUUGUGAUUUUCCCCUGAAUUAUAGAGAAUAAGCUCGCAAUUAAGAAGUGAAAGAUCAACUCAUCGUAACUUUUGUCUGAGACAAAAUAUUUUUUCAUUUUUCCUAAUAAAAUCAAAUUUAACAUUUUUGUUAAUACAAAUUUUGUAUUGACACAUUUUCGAGCUUCAAGAAAAAUCUGAUGAUUUCCUCUUGAAUUAUCGAGACAAUCUUGUAAUUAAGAAGUGAAAAAUCAGCUCGUUGACACUUUUAUUUACAAAAUAUUUAUGUAGCCAAUGAAAUUCUCAUCAAAAACUCUCUCUACAUUUUUAAUUCAAAUAAUUCUUAUUUUCCCUCUUGACUGCUGAAUGACAAAAACUCACAGGCCUUUUUGCAAACAUUAAAUCUGAUGAAGAAAAUUUUAUCGUUAUGUAAGCCUCUUGUAUUAAUGUGUAUUUGUAUAAAACGCAAUACCAUGCUCAACUUUUUAUAUCGCUUGUGAAGAGAAAAAAGUACUCAACGAAAAUGGGGAAAAAAAAAGAUUAUUGUCAAGUUUGAGAGGAGUUUGUGUGGCAUUUUUGUGAGAAGGUGAACGAUUGAAUCAGGAUGAAUGUUCCUACGACUGUUCAAUCACGUAUUUCGUCUAGAAUGAAUAUUGCCCAUUGUAUUGCUACUUUUCUAUCCGAGGAAAUCGAGUAUCUGCGGCUAUUGAGUCUUUCUCUCAGACUGGAAAUCGAAGAGUCCAAAAUCUCUCUGGUGAAUGCUCCGUAUUCACGAGGAAAAAUUGCGGGAGGGUUUUCUGCAACCUAUACUAGACGUAUUUAGACAUAAAUUUUUUGUACGCCGAGCGAUAAAGGUUCGCCCUGAAUCCUCCAACCCAAUUCCAUUCGCGAAAAUUGUUGGGAAUGACGGUUGGAGAUGAAUGCACAAGCCUUUGGGGGCACUAAGUAAUCGAACAAAAAGAGUCUUUGCAUCCUAAAGAUAUCGAUUGUAAAUUAUUUGAUUGAGAGGGAGAGAUCGUUGUAAUUAUUAAUUCUAAUGACUACUUCAUUCAUUGAAACACGUUCAAAGAAAUAACAGACACGCGCAUGAUUUAUGUAAGAAACAACAUCGAGAGUGAAGUGAGAGGAAACACGAGCAAUAACUUUCGUCGCUUAUUUAACAGAAGGAUCUGUUGUAUUGUAAAUAAACUUAUAUUUAUACGGA